AUAUGAUUAAAAAUAUUUAUUCUCAAGUACUUAAGGGAAUUCGUAAAACUAGUAUUAUUUGUUCGUUAUUUUUGUUUAGGAUAUCAUGACGAGAAAUUUAAUUUUGUGCAUUCUAUUUGUAAGUUCUGUACUGUGUACAAAUUUCCAGAAUGAUAAUUACAAAUACCUUCAAGAAGUUAAAAGGGGUUUUGACGAGUAUAUCACCACAGACAAAAGACCUUCCUACUUAAACGAAUCCUUGGCUAAAUUCAGUCUUCCAAACUUAUUCAGAGACAAUGCAUACAUCGGAACAACACCUACUAAAGAAGUACAUGCUGUGGAAGAUGACAUAGUGUGUGGUCUGUGCUACUUGGCUGCUAAUUUUAUUAUACUAGAAAGAAGAAAGGGUAUGCCUAGACUUCAUCUAAAGAACGAAGUUGCUCAGCUAUGUCAGGUGUUCAAAAUCGAAAGUGACAUAACAUGCGAUGGAGUUGUGGAGUUAAACAUUGAUGUUAUGCUUUACAUUAUUGAUAAUAAUGUCAACGUGACAGGGAGUAGAGUAUGCGACAUUCUUUUACAAAGUUCAUGUAAUUCUACUGAAUUUGAAUGGACAGUUGAUAUUCCUGAGGGUCAAUCACCAUCUAGACCAGAGCCUGUUGGUGACUCAACAUUUAAAAUUCUCCAUGUCUCUGAUAUCCAUAUGGAUCCUCUGUAUACCCAGGGUAAAGUAAAAUCUUGCAAUGAACCUCUUUGCUGUCAAGUGGAUCAAGAAGAUGGGGACUCUAAUACAGGAAAUGUCUGUGGUUAUUGGUCUUCUUAUGGUAAUGAUGUUUCAGAACAUCUAGUGGACGAGAUGAUACGAUUUGCAAAUACUUUGGAAUUUGAUUAUGUAUACUUCACCGGCGACAUCAUCAGUCAUAGAAUUUGGUCUACUUCAGAAGAUAAUAACACAAAAACUAUCAAAAGUUUAAUGAACAAAUUUCGAACAGGCUUCAACGUUCCAGUUUAUCCAAUUCUGGGAAACCACGAACCAAGUCCUUUGAAUGUAUACGAGUUUCAGAACACGGCAACAUCAAACUUGUCAACUCAAUGGUUAUUGGACUUAGUUGAAACAGAAUGGUCCGAUUGGAUACCAGAAUCAGCAAGAGACACUAUUUCUCAAGGCGGAUUCUAUACAGUAUCUCCAAAAGAAGGUUUCAGACUUGUAAUUCUCAACUCCAAUAUUGCCUAUAUAUUUAACUGGUGGUUAAUUGAAUCUGAUAAAGAUCCAUACGAUCAGUUAGAUUGGUUCGUGCGUAUUUUGGAACAGGCGGAAAGAAAUAAUGAAAGUGUUCAUGUUCUGUUUCACCAUCCAAGUGGAGAUAAGGAGAUUUUAAAAGUUUGGAGUAGAGAAUUUAACAAAAUUAUCAACAGAUUUGCUAACACGAUUACAGCACAGUUCAAUGGUCAUAUACAUGUAGAUCGCUUCCAAGUUUACUACAACGAGUCAAACAAGGAUCAAGCAAUCAACGUAGCAUGGAACGGUGCAUCCUUGGCACCUUAUGACUAUGCUAACCCCAGUUUUAAAAUAUACACUGUCGAUUCUAAUACUUUUGACAUUAUGGAUAUCGAAGAAUGGACAUUUAAUCUUACUUUGGCAAACUUACAUCCUGAUCAAUCACCUGAAUGGUACAAAAUAUACUCAUUCAAAGAUGCAUUUGACUUGCCUGCUUUACAACCUGAUGAUUUAGGGAAUUUGCUCAUAAAGAUGGCGACUAAUCAUAGUCUUUUGGCCGACUAUCAUAUUUACAGAUACAAGAACUCUGAGAGUGCUGUUGAAGCAGGAUGUAAUUCUGACUGUCAGAAACGAUAUCUUUGUCAACUAUCAACAUACGUAGGCACUGAUUCUUCAAAAUGUUCAUAUUUACAAGAACUUUAUGAUCAAAAUUUAUAGAUAAAUGAAUUAGAUUUAAAUAAAAUACAUUCAAAACAAAA